CAUGAGGCUGCCGCGGGCAGCGGCCCGGCUGCUGCUGCCGCCCUCCCCCCGGGCCGGGGCCGCCCUCCCGCCGCGGCGAGCGGCCGUGCGGGCCGCGGGGCAGGUGGAAAGUAAAACAAAAGGAAAACCUCAAAAGCAGAUUUGUCAAGUUGUUCUGGAUCAUUUUGAGAAGCAGUACGCAACGGAACUGGGAGAUGCCUGGUCCAGCGUCAGAGAUGUGCUCACAUAUCCAUUGUGCUGGCAGUACGCAGUUCUGCUUAACAAGUUCAGCCAGUCCCCUGAACUGGAGAGCACCUUGCGUGUGAAGGGAUAUCAUCCUGCCUUUCAUCGAAGUUUGCCGUAUCUGCCGGCCUCAUUCAAGUGUUACAUUAGGAGAACUCCUGGGAGAUUCCCUGCACAGAAACACCAGGCUGGGAAACUGAAAGAGUAUUACCUGCUGAAUGCUGCUUCGCUGUUGCCAGUGUUGGCAUUAGAAGUGAAAGAUGGGGAAGACGUUUUGGAUCUCUGUGCUGCACCAGGGGGUAAAUCAGUUGCUAUACUGCAGUGUGCCUGUCCAGGUCAGUUUCACUGUAAUGAAUAUGAUGAUUUGAGGUCAAGAUGGUUGAAACAGACAAUAGAAUCCUUCAUCCCAGAACCUUUGGUUAACUUGAUAAUGGUCUCUAUACUGGAUGGAAGACAGAUUGGAGAUCUUAAGCCUGAAUUAUAUGAUAAGGUACUAGUUGAUGCUCCUUGUUCAAAUGACAGAAGUUGGCUAUUCUCUUCUGAUAUUCAACAAGCUACGCUUAGGCUAAUACGAAGGAAGGAGUUACCAUCUCUGCAAUUCCAGCUGCUAAGGUCUGCUAUUAAAGCAUUGCGUCCUGGUGGAUCGUUGGUCUAUUCUACGUGCACACUCUCAAAAGCAGAAAACAGUGAUGUAAUAAAUCUCAUUCUAAACUCCUGCAGUAAUGUUAUGCCUGUAGAUAUAAGCAAAAUGGCCAAAGCUGUUUCUCAGGAAUUCAGUUUUCUCAGUGGUAUGCAACAACAUGAACUUCUGGUUCUCCCAGAGAAAGGGAAAGCAUGGGGUCCAAUGUACGUAGCUAAAUUAAAGAAAAUGUAUUCCAUCUGAUGCCUCUAGCUUUUUAUAAGGGAUAUGUGAUAAAUGAACAUUUAUUUCCAAUAUAAUAUGUGUAUGUGAAUGCCCAAAGCAACUGAAUAUAGAGCAUUGCCGUUUUGUGUCAGCUCAUGCCUAAUAAAAGGAAAGCUAGACGCUUACCUUAGUUUAGCUAAAAAUA